AUGCUUCAUCCUCAGAUGUUCAAAAGGUUCAUCUUCCCUAUUUAUAGGCGAAAUAUUUCAAACAGGCUACUUCAUUCUUCAUCUGCUCAAAGAAUCAAUCUUUUGCUGCCUUUUGACUUGUUAGAAGAUCAAAACGAAAAAGAUGAAAAAUCAGACCAAAGUAAAGAAAACACUGAAAAUAAAAACUCAACUGAAUCUCAAUUUAAAAAUCUUGCAUUCAAAUGUCUUGAAACUGUGGGUAUAACCUUUUCUUCACUAGCUAUUUUAGCAUUUGGUGGGUAUUCCUAUCAUAAAAUAUACCAACAUCAUGUUAUUUCGCAAAUGAACUCUGCCUUUGAUGAAGGUUUUGACACAUUCGAGUCAAUAUUUCAUUCAAAAAACGACAAUUAUUUGUUUAAUAGGUCCAUAUCACCUGAAGAAGAUUCUACAGACUGGGUGGCAAGGCCUGAGCAAAAUUCUAUAGAUAACAUUAUUACCGGAAAAAUAAAAGGAAGAUACUAUCUCAUACUAGGCGAGAAAGGCACUGGAAAGACAUCUAUUCUAUUGGAAGCAAUUAAACAUCAACAAGGGAAAAAUGUAAUAGCAUUGGACGCACAUGCUGAUCCUGAGAUAUUUCGUUUGAGGCUAGGUAAAGCUUUGAAAUUUUCGUUUUAUGAGGACUAUAUCGGUUCAUUGUUUUCUAUAAGAGGACCAAGAGAAACUACUGCUUUAUUAGACAUUGAGAGAGCAUUUACUAAAUUGGAAGAAGUGGCAAUUGAAAGAGUUCAUCGGUUAAAAAAUUCAGAUUCCCCCUUAAUCAUCAUAAUCAAUAAUUGCCAUUUGAUAAGAGAAGACGAAACUGGUUUAGAUUUAGUUGAAUUGCUUCAGCAAAAGGCCGAAUCUUUAAGUGGUUCUGGAUUAGUAACAAUGAUUUUUAAUUCAGAUGAUUAUUGGUUUUACGAAAGGCUCAAAAUUUUGGCUACUAGGUUGGAUGUAAUCAAUAUUAAAGAUUUCAAUAAACUGGACGCCAUAAAUGCUAUCCAAGUCUUGAGAAAAAAGAAUAAGAAUGAGGACUUGAGUGUUAUUGAAGCGUCUAAAAUUUACAAUCUAAUAGGAGGGAGAAUUCAACAUUUGGCAAAAGUUUGUAAGAAUGACGAUAUGAUAAAAACUGCAAAUGAAUUAAUCGAUGCUGAGAAAACAUGGCUAUUAAAUAAGUGUGGAUUAAUUGGAAUGGGUAUGGAUGAUGAUGUCAUGCAAAGUGGAAAAUUUUCCAAUUCUGCAAUGUUGCUAGUUAAGGAAUUUGUUGAGAUGGAUAAAGAAUUUUUUAAUCAUUAUAAUUCUUUGGAUAAGAAUAUUUCUCCGAAUAUUCAAGAUAACAGUUAUCGUUUACCAAGUUUACCUCUAUGGAGAGCAAGACAAGUAAUGACCAGACCCGAUUUGAUUAGGGAUUAUGAUGCUUUGAAUAUAUUCACCAUCGAUAAAGAUGCAAGAGUUAGACCAGAUUCAAUUCCAAUGUUGAGAGCAUUUCAUGAAAUAUACAAUCAAUCAGGUUUCUUAAAUCUUUUAAAUGAAAAUUGUGAAAGAGUUUCAGCCAUUGAAUCAUUAGGUAGAACAAGAGAAUUAGUUGCCAAGGAUCUAAUUCUAGGUGCGAAUUACAAAAUAGAUGAUAACAAAAGAAUUUUCAUUGAGAACUACAAUAGUGAAGAUGAUAUUGAAAAUAUUCCAAUGCAAAGUAUAGGAAGUGGUAGUUAUAAGGAAUAUUGGAAACUGCGAUAA